UCCACAGAAGAAGAAAACAAAAUGAGCGGCAGAGGAAAAGGAGGCAAAGGUCUCGGUAAAGGAGGCGCCAAGCGGCACCGUAAAGUUCUCCGCGAUAACAUCCAGGGAAUCACCAAGCCCGCUAUCCGCCGUCUGGCUCGCCGCGGGGGAGUCAAGCGGAUCUCCGGUCUCAUCUACGAGGAGACCCGCGGUGUGCUCAAGGUCUUCCUGGAGAACGUCAUCCGUGACGCCGUCACGUACACCGAGCACGCCAAGAGGAAGACCGUCACCGCCAUGGACGUGGUGUACGCUCUGAAGAGGCAGGGCCGCACUCUGUACGGCUUCGGGGGUUAAACCGACAACUUUGCUCACUCGACCAAACAAAGGCCCUUUUCAGGGCCAAACACUGAUCGGCUCAUGAGCUGAAUUUCUGUCUGAUGCAACCAAAUCUCUCCAUAAGCGACCUAUGAGUGUAAAAAUGUAUCUAUAUUAAUAUUAAUCUGACAAAACAAAGAAUUAUAGCUGCUUGUUCACACAAAAUGUAAAGUUUUGUUUCCACUGAUUUUUCUUACUGAAGGUUUGAUGGUUAAACUGGCAAUACAUGAACUCAUUAGACUAUUCUGCUGUAUCAGUGAAUCCACAGGGAGAUAUUUAAACUAAAAUAUCAAAAGUGAAUUUAAAUGUAAAUGUAUUCUCAUGAAAUGUAGAGGAAGAACUUUACACUGUGUGAUGUAGAGAGACUACAAGUUCAGUCUUAAAGAAAAACAACAGAAUUGUUACAAGUUAGUUUCUUAUGGAAUUUUAAUUUUCAAUUAUAUUUCUUUUGGAAGAACCCUAAAAAAUUCUAUUGAAAGAAUAAAUUAAUCACAUGCAGAUUAA